GAUAUCACCAAUCCUCAGCCUGGCCAGCCCCUUUGAGCUUCCUCUCCUUUCUUUCUGCUUGCCCUUUACCUGCCAGCCAUGAUCCACUCCUUCGUCCAGUCUCCCAAGUCAGUGACCCUUGACUCCAAUUGCUGGAGGGUGUAUCCUAUGGCGAAUUCACGGUUCUUACAGAAUGCACAGUUUUUGGCGAACAAAUGCCCGAAGCUGCAGAUUCCGGCCACAUUUGGCACAACAGCACUGGACAAAGAUGCCAAAUACUCUGUCCUGUAUUUCUUCAAAUUUCAAGAUCUGCAAACCCCAACGGAAACCAAACCGGCAAAGGAGGCUUCUCUCUCAGACAAUUGUGAACCCCUACCAAAAGGCAUGAAAGUGACGGUCUCUCUCUCACAAGAAGAUGGGGAGAUCAUUUGCAGCGGCCAAGCGUAUCUCGCCCCAGACAGCCUUGACCUGAUAAAACAGGACGGAGAAGAAUGGCUGGCACUUGAGGUGGGCAGGUUUCAGUUCUCUAACAUUUGUGGCGAUAUCACUGCUACUCUGCAGAAUGCCGUUGUUGGUCCAUGGAAGAUAUCCCUCGUGUUUGCUGGGGUGGAGAUCCGUGGUGUCUCCAGAUCUUAAAGUUUAGUCAGCAAGUGGUCAACUCCCAACAUCAUCAUGAUUAUGAACACACGCGGGGGUCGACCUACACAUCUAGUCCAUUGCCGCUGCUUGUCUGUCGUUCUAUAUAUGUUGUGUCGUGUCUCGUGUUUGUCUGAUACUAUGGUAAUGACAAUAAAAAAAGUGGAUGAUCCACACUAAUGUGUUUGUUUUGUAUUUCAUAGCAUAAGUCUCUGUGCCGUUGUCUGCCGUUUGAUUUGGAUUUUGGGUCAUAGACCAACUUGUCCUUGUCCCGUAGUGGUCAUGCUUUGUGCUGUUUCCUCAGUAAUUAAUAAAGUGGAUUGUUGGUCUUUGUUUUAUGAAAAAUAA